AAGAAGAAGAAGAAGAAGAAGAAGAAGAAGAAGAAGAACAGAGCGAGGGAAAAUGGUGUUGUGGGAGAUUACAUUGGCAACAGCGUAUUUCUUGGGGCUAAAGCGAACGUUUAAGCUCGCUAUGAAGAUUCAGCGACGUCUUGUUUCCCCCAAGCACCCUCGGAUUCGUCAAUUUCUGCGCGGACGUACACGCGCCAUAUUUGAUGUUACCGUAAAAGUUCACCAGAGAAUUCAGCAUCGAAACACAGAAGUUGGUAAUCUUGGUAGCUGGAUUUCACGAGGGCUUAAUCGAAUGAAACAAUCCGCUGAGAUUCAUGAACCUCCAAGGGGGCCUAUGAAAUGUAUGAAAAUGGUGAAGCAGGCUUCCAGCUCCUACUUGAAACACCGGCCCAGCCCUCGAGCUGUGAUUAGUCAGAAAUUCGAUCAAUAUAUGUCAAUUACCUCAUCAGUACACAGAUGGCCUAAGCCCUUCCCUACCAUUGCAAUGAUCAUGAGGCAGCCGAAGCCUGCUGGAACUGGGACCAUGAUCCAAUACCGACAAUAUGGCAUUUGUGGCUCUGAAGCAAUGAAAAUGAAUUACAUAGGAGGAGGUUUCAACAACGUUAUUCGAGAAGAUAUUAUGCGGUGGAUGCUCCGAAAUUAGAAGAGAAUGUUUUCUAGUUGCCCUCUCCUUGGAGACUACAAUAUUUGGCCGACAAUACAGUCUUUAGUCAAGUGUUUAGCUUCCAAUCUUAGAUUGUUCCUUCUCUUCUUGAUGUAAAAUCUUUCUAACAUGUUCCUAGGGAAGUUGGAAAUCAUGUCUAUGCACAUGAAUAAAUUAGAUAGCUAAUCCCCAGUAUGAAAGAGACCUCUUUGAAUCGACAUUUUAAGCGCUUAAAAACGCUUUAAUACUUUAGAACUCUUAAAAAGUCGUUCCAAUGAGUCUAUACCAUAGUUACCAAAAUGUCCACUUGGAAGUUCAUUGAAUAUACUUCAUUUAAGCUGGGUA